GUCUCCUCCUGUACCAAGCUGCCCACUCCCCAAGAUCAGAAGGAGAGGCUGUUUUUCAUGUCCCACCUAGGCUGAGGGUGACAAGAGACAGGACUGUACCAACACGGUGGAACGCUUGGCCCUGUGAAGUGCAGGUGGCUCCCCUCUCUGGUUGUUUUUUGCCAGAUGGCAUUCAAAGCUAUGCGGAGCUUCACGACCAAACUGGAAACCGUUUCCAAGGACCAGGUGCAACUCUCUGAGCUGGAGAAGGACGUCCAGGCUGCCUCGGCUGGCCCAAGGGCAAGUGCAGCUGCCAGCUGGGCUGGGUGGGCCGUGACGGGGGUCUCAUCGCUCACCUCAAAGCUGAUCCGGACAAAUCCUGGGGCACUGCAAGCUGCAGAACAGGCGCCUGAGGGGGCCCCAGCCAGCCCGACCCCAGAGCCUGCCAAAUCAGGAGACGGCCCACCGUCCGCCCCAGAGCAGACAUCUCUCUCCGCGUCUGAGCAGUGGGACCUGGAGGAGGAUGUGGCCGAGGAGGGAAGCACAGGAGACCAAUGGGAUGAUGAGGAUUGGGGCAGUUUGGAGUAUUUCAGAUACUCACCCUCAAAGGAAAAACAUUUUGAAGGAUACUGUUGCAAACAGAAGUGGAAGAUACAUUGGAUAAAGCAGAACUACUGAGAACCAAGGCAACCCCCUCUCUGUAAAGAGAGAGAAUGCAAGGAUGGAACUCUUAACAUGCCUAACUUGCUUCCAGUAAAAUGAGUUAAACUUUAACUUUGUUAAACAUGAAUAACCCAAAUCUGUGGCCAACUUUGAACCCUCUGCUCCUUCUUCAUUUCCUCCCUCCACUUCCAUUUGAAAUGUAUCUAUGGAUUUGCCCGCUCUCAUCACUCACCCACAUGAAUGUUUUAUUUUCACCACCUUUCCACAACAAGGGAAAAGGUGAGUGGAAGCCCACUAUCCACUUAGGCCUGGGGGACCUACUGUCCCUUCACUAGGAAAAUGAUAAAUUAGAAAAGAGAAGCAACUUUUUCCUAAGCAAAUGGAGUUGGGUGAAGCAUCCCCACUAAGUUUCCACCCUCCUCCUUCACCCUCUCGAGUUUCCCACAGACUCAACAGUCAGUGUCUCUCUGGGCCACCUGCUUGCCUCCAGUUUUACUGUCCAUUCAGGUCAGUUAGUAGUGGUAACAGAUGGAACAAAUGUUCAGCCUCAGAAAGCAAGCUUUUUUCAUUCAAUUCUAUGUUGGCUUCAUUCUAUCAAAGUGCAGUGAAAACUGGAAGGGAUGAGAACAAUCGGUCACACAAUCAUAUAAACAGAGAGAGAGGACAUGAAGUGAUCCAAUGAUGGGGGGAAAGGUAGAGGUACCUUAAUGAAAUCCACAAUCACUGCUCCUGACUUCCCUAAUUUUAAGCAUCUUAGGGCUCCCAAAAACAGUACCUAAGGGGAGCAACCCCCUCUACGCACUGAGAGAGAGAAAAAGAGGCAGAGGAGCAAACCAUCUUGAGAUCCAAGGAGCUUAAAUAAUCAAUUUUCUUCAGUCAUUACAACUCCUCAUCUCACAACACCCCAUCACCAAAAAUUCUGUCUACUCCAUUCUCUUGUUGCUCUGUGGAAGCCAGAUAUAGAACGGCAUUCUACAUUUUCAAAUCUACUCACCCCACCACAAACACACAUAUAAUGAAGUUCUCUGCCGUAUCUUAGCAAAUGGACCUUGUCUAGGAAAAGGUGCUUCUUUCAAUCAGGAUUACUCCUAGUUCACACCAGUGCAAAUUAAUAUCUGUUUGUAUUGAUAUCUGUUUGUAUGCAGUGUUGCCCAAUUCAAAGUGAUGGGAUCCUUUUGGGGCCAGCCUGAAUUGGUCCAAUAAACUACUCUGGGAUUUUUCAUCGUGCAGUGAAUUUGCAAGUUGGU